AUGGGUGGACUGACCGGCCAUCGCGAACAUACCGGUAUCAAACCCACUGUGCCAGCAAUCCCAAGCUCAAGUUACGAGCCUCUCUCUUACUCUCUGUCGAUUGUCGAGAUUGAAGUCUAUCGUGCCGGCCAGACUGAUGCUGUUGGUUACUCAAACACGAUCAUUCUCGUUGAAGCAAGCACGGCUUCUAAACCCAGACAGCCGAUCCGGCCCGCCAAUAUCUCCUACUCUGCCUGGUUAGAUUUUUUAAAACUGAUUAACACGCCAAAUCGCCUUCGGUACAUGCUGCUCAAGACCCAGGGACCCGUCUGUCGCUUCGAGAUCCAGUCAGAGAACCAUCCGCAUCCACCACGAUCGAAUCCCGACGGUCUUUUCAGCAUCCGUGACACCUGGCCAGCAAUGAGGCGAAGCCCCCCUGAGCCGGAUUCUGGCAAAGGAAGGGGAAACCCACCGUUCACGAUUCCGGUUUAA